GUGAGAGGACCCAAAAUGUUCACCAGUUAUUUGCAUAACAAGGCGGCAACCGAUGAGGCCAUUGAUAGGGACGGGUGGCUAUUGACGGGAGAUAUCGGACACUACGAUGAAAAGGAAAGACUAUUUAUCACGGACCGCAUCAAAGAGAUGAUCAAAUUAGGGCCAAUACAGGUGUCGCCCACAGAGAUCGAGCUCUACCUACUCACCCAUCCAUGCGUUGCUGAAGUGGCUGUCGUUGGGGUCAGACAUGAGACUGAAGGCCAGUGGCCCCGGGCUUACGUCAAACGCCGGGAUGGUAUGGAUGUUACGGAACAGGAACUACGCAAAUAUAUUGCAGACUCAUUGGCGGAACCAAACCAAUUGAGGGCUGGAGUGGUAUUCGUUGAUCACAUCCCGCGGACUACUAUCGGGAAAGUCGACCGAAAAUACUUUAAGAAAUUGACCGACUUCUGUACCUCAAAGAGUCUAACCGUUGCUGAAUUAUUGACCAAAGCCAAUGCCUUAGCUCAGGCCCUAGUGGACAGGGGUGUCAACAAAAGUCAUUUAAUAGUCACUUUGGCCAACACUUGCGUAGAGCACGCGGUGCUUGUAUUCGCGUCAAUAUUCUUAGGCAUCACUCUAUACCCCAUAACACCGAUAGCUAAUGUCCACGAAUUGCAGACUAUAUUACCAACCCUGGGAUCAAUUGCCGUUUUUGUGGACACGGAUAAGGCUGAGCUCAUGGAUAAAGUGCUAACAAAUACCACGCUUAAUAUUGACGCCAAGUGGACAGUCGUAUUGGACGGAGUGUUUAAAAAGUAUAUAACGUUUGAUGAACUCCUAAAAGAGGGUCAAAACAGAUCUCUACCGAAAAUACCACACUUUCCGGUCGACCCCGAGAAAGACAUCUAUGUUUUGCUUCAGAGCUCCGGUACGUCAGGCAUAUUCAAGUCGGUGCAGAUAUCGCACCGGGCGUUUGUCGCCAACAUCUAUUGUGAUAUCUACCACCGGAGCCAACACUUGGAUCCACUGAUAUUCAGCGAAAUCACACCAUUUGGCAGUAUAUCCGGUCAGAUGUUUCUGUUUAAGUAUCUCUUAAUCGGAUCCACUUUUGUUGUGUACAGUCGUGUCACCGAAGAUAAUAUACUGAAGUCUAUAGAAAAGUAUAAAAUUAAUACAUUGUUUAUAAGCCCUCUGUUUGGCAGUCGACUGAUAUCCGAGAAAUACUUUCAAAAGUAUGACCUCUCAAGUGUCAAACUUAUUAUGACAUCAGGGGCUGCUUUCCCAGCACCGGUAGCCACAGAGUUGGUCACUAAACACGGAGUAGUCCUUAGGGAAGGUUACGGAAUGACAGAAUACGCGCCCAUAACUCACUGGCAAACAUGCGAGCCCUGGGAGUUUAUACCGGGAUCCAUGGGUUACCCAUCAUAUAACACCGAGAUCAAAGUGAUAGACGUGACUACAGGGGAUAGCCUACCGACUAAUACAGAGGGCCAGAUAUGCGUGAGAGGACCCAAACUAUUCACCAGUUAUUUGCAUAACAAGGCCGCAACCGAUGAGACCAUUGAUAAGGACGGGUGGCUCCUAACCGGCGAUAUCGGACAUUACGAUGAAAAGGACAGACUGUUUAUUACUGAUCGCAUCAAAGAGAUGAUCAAAUGGACGACAAUACAGGUGUCGCCCACAGAGAUCGAGCUCUUCCUACUCACCCAUCCAUGUGUUGCUGAAGUGGCUGUCAUUGGAGUCAGACAUCAGACUGAGAAUCAGUGGCCCCGGGCUUACGUCAAACGCCGAGAGGGUAUGGAUGUGACGGAACAGCAACUAUGCAAAUAUGUUGGAGACUCCUUGGGUGUUGAGAAACAAUUGAGGGCUGGAGUGGUAUUCGUUGAUCACAUCCCGCGGACUACUAUCGGGAAAGUCGACCGAAAAUACUUUAAGCAAUUGGUGUCUAAAGAAAUACUAACUGGCUAAAUAAUUUGAUACAAAAUAUUUACAUACUUUUGACGAAAUUGGAAAUAAAUAAAGAUUUAUAAUUUUUAUAUUAUAUUUAAUAAAACUUAUUUUAAUUACAAUAA